AUGCACAUCCAUGGGGAGCCCAAAGGGCGAAUACGCCACCUGCCGUCCAAUAGGGAACACCACAAUCACAGCGGUGACUCCAGCGACGAGGAGCUCACGCUCUGCAGCCGUGAGGCGAUCAAGAAGAGCGUCAAAUAUUAUCUACAGAACAGCUCCUUGCAUGGCCUUAAGUAUAUAGCCGAGGAGCGUAUUACAAUUCCAGAACGCGUCUUCUUUGGCAUAUCCUUUAUUCUGGUCGUCAUCCUGUCGGGAUUUUUCAUUUCAAACAUCUACAUCAAAUGGAGCGCCUCGCCCAUCAUAAUCUCGACCAGCGCCAAGCAGUUGCUCACCAGCAACAUGCCGUUUCCGGCUGUUACCAUCUGCAAUUUGAACCAGGCACUCCGUAGUCGCGUUCAGCGCAUCUCACGGUCGAGCAGUAAUUACUCGUUGUUAAUGAGCCUGUGCAGUCAGGGAGAUGACCAGACAAUCACGUAUGUUGGCACCUGGAAGUACUUCAAGGCGUUGCUGGUGGAUGUGGCACAGCCAUGUGAUGAUAUGCUGUUGUAUUGUAGUUUCGGUUCGCGUAAGGAAGCUUGUUCCAUGAUCUUCAAGUCGAUAUUGACCGAUGACGGGCUGUGCUGCACGUUUAAUGCAUUGGAUCCGAGUUUUCUCUUUCGCAAUUAUACGGAUGAUGUGCGUCUGGAGCCGGUGCAGGAGAGUUCAGUUUACGAGGCCAUCGAUUGGACACCGGAACGUGGUUAUGCAAAGCAAUUGCCCGAAUAUUAUUAUCCAAGAACAUCGGGCGGUACUGGCAGUCGCAUGGGUCUCACUGUUGUGCUGAAUGCCUCUACAGCGGAGUAUUACUGUACCAAGUCCAUGAGCAAUGGCUUCAAGGUGCUAGUGCAUAAUCCCGCCGAGCUGCCCAAGGUGAGUAACUAUGGAUUCAUUGUGACAUCUGGACGGGAGGCACGCAUACCCAUUGAGCCCGUCUAUGAGGAUGCCACACUCAGCAUAAGAUCGAUCAAGAAAUCGGUGCGACGUUGCCUGUUUUCGGAUGAGAACGAUCUCAUCUAUUAUCGCACGUAUUCCCGCAAGAACUGUGAGCUGGAGUGCGAGGCGAAGUUGCUGCUCCGUGACUGCAGCUGUGUGCUUUAUUAUCUGCCCAGGAUUGAUCCGGCGGCCCGUGUCUGCGGACCCAAUGACAACAACUGCACCAAUCGCGUCCAGACCGAGAUUGAGUCAUCGAAAACUGAAUUGUCGUGUGAGAACUGUUGGCCGGGUUGCUUUGAGCUCACCUACAAGACGACGUUGUCGACCUCGAUGAUUGUGGCGGGUCCCAGCUACCAGAGUGCCGAGGAUCUGCCCGAGGCUCUCUUCAAUGCCAUCAAUGAUUCGGCAAACGACGAGCUAUCCAUUCUACACUUUUAUUAUGUCUCCAAUAGCUUUCGAAGCACUACCAAAUCCGAAAUGUUUGGCUUCACCGAGUUUCUCUCCAACACUGGCGGUUUACUUGGACUUUUUAUGGGCUUCAGCAUCUUUUCCGUCAUUGAGAUCUUCUACUAUGUGACAGUGCGUCCGUAUUGUGCCUCCCGUACGCUGCAACAGCGUCGUCAGCGGAGAGAGACAGAGUUGCGUUGGUUGACGCCGGUGCGAAAGAGACGACGUUUCAUUCUGCCCCACCGUCCGCCUCCCUACAGUCAGUUACAGGGCAAAGUUUUGCUGGGGCCAAAAACCAAGAAAACUCUCUGGCAAUCAUUGCGCUCAUCCCGAGAUCCCCUCGUCUAUCCCUAUCUGGACUAG